AUGGGCUGCUGUGAAUCAAGAGAUGUAAUUUCUAUAUAGAAAAGCAAAGAUAGAGCUCCAGAGGAAUCGACUUACCAAUCCUUUAUGACUUAAACACAAAUAAAAUGGUUACUUAUCCGAAAUGUCAUUCUCCUAUACCCUCGGGGCUUUUUUGGUUUAGGUGGGCUGGAGCUGAACAUUGUGCCCACAGGGUUUUUUCUCCUGGUUGGACAUAAUGACAGGGGUUUUACCCUCACCUCAGAUAAGGAAACCAGAGUCCAUAAGACAGCUCCUCUCUUCUGGAUGAGAAGGGCAAUGAGGAUCAAAGGAGGACUUGGGGUCGUGUCCUAUCUCCCAUCUCCGAAUAAGCCAUGCUGGCCGCUAGUAGUUGCCCAAGGAAUAUCUGAAUGUCUAUCCCCGAGGGAUGGAGGCGUCACCAUUUUUUGGUGACGUCGGCAGAAAAGGGCAUUAGUGCUGGUCAAUGUCUAGGAGUGGCCUGAUGUCAGUAAAUAGGAGAGGGGCUGAAAUAAAUCCAUUAUAUGACUUACACUAGACCUCCUACCCCAGCAAAUUACGAAAUUGUUGAAGAGGCGAAAUCACUAGGCCUGAAACCUCUGAAUGAAGAAGAUAAAGAAGCUUAUGAGCGUUAUUCUUCCACAAUUAAAUAAUCUUCAAUUAAUUAUUUUUAAUUUUUUUAAAAAAUGACAUACAAUUAUUCAUUAAUGAAUAUUUAUACAUUGAAUCCCUUGAAAACUCCAAUUCAUGGGAAAAAAUCAAGCACUCAGGCUGGUUUGAUAUUUCUAAGCUCAAUGGGACUACCAAAUAUGAUUCUCAUACCCCAGUCAGCAAAAUCUGGUUUUCCUUGGGUACAAAAGUUGAAUUAUCUAUCAUUUUAGAUUUUCUGAAUGAGCCCAAGAAAAGACUGUCAUGGGACAAAAAUUUCAAAACUUAUGAAAUAAUUGAUGGGAAUUUUCCAACUAAUUAUACAAUUUAUUUCCUUAUCAAAUUAUUUGCAUAUAAAGGAGAUUAUAUAGAAAAAAGAGUAGUGGCUUAUGAUAAAGACUCAGUUGUAUACCAAUCUCUAUGAAUUUCUCUAUUUAUUUUAUAAAAAUGAUGAAUUUAAUAUUUAUAUCAAAUUUGCAUAGUCGUUUAUUAUUCGGUAGAAAAUGAGCAAAGGCCUAAACAGAGAUGGGUUUCCAGAGGAAUUACUCAUAUUGGACUAACAAGAAUAAGGAUAGUUAAUGGUAAAAUCGAAUUUGUUAUCAUAGGACAGUCAGACCCUUCUAGUACUCUUGCAAAACUCGCACAAAAUGUAGGGAUAGGGCUUUCUGACGAGUGGUGUAAAAAAUAUAAAAGUGCUAUUUUAGAAGCUAGAAAAGGGAGUGAAAAUAGGAGAAAAGAUACAGAAAUUUUGGAAGAAAAUAAAUGCAGCUGCAAGUAA